AUGUCAAUGACCCCGGGAGCUUCCUCGAGCUCACAGCCCGCUCGAUCCCUCAACCGGCAAGUGGUUCUCGAUGAAGACGAGUACACCGAGGCGCUCUCGAGCAUCAUCAAACGAGACUUCUUUCCGUCUCUGGUCCACAUCGAUGCCACAAACAACUACCUCGACGCGCUCCGGUCACAAGACCCAGUCCUCAUCCAGGCGUCGGUGCGCCGUCUCGAAGACCUGCAGACACCCGUGUCGCGCCGGGGCCGCCCAUGGCAGACCCCCUCGCAGACCCCCUACGCCGCUGGCCCAUCGGACACCCCCUUGCGCACCCCGCGCGGAGACGGCGAGGGCCCCGCGAAACGGGCUCGCCUUGACACGGACAUGAGCCUGGACGCCUUCCAGGCGCGCUACACGUCCGAGGACAAUUCGAGUUUCACGCAGAUCCUGGACGAGGAGAACAGGCGGCGGAAGGAGAAGUACGGCUGGGCAUGGGCGGCGCAACGCCGGGUGGAGGAACAAAGGGACCGGAUGCUCGAGGGCAGGGAGAGGAUGCUACUCGAGCCGCCUCCCGGACCAGGGGUAAGGGAGCGGCUCAGGAUAGAUGCACCGGCACCAGCGGGGCUUAUCGAAGCUGCGCCCGCGGAGCCUGUGGUGGUCUAUGAGGAGGACGAAGACGAGGUGGAGGACCUCUUGGACGGGACGCACAAAGAGCCGACAGCCGCGGAGAAGGGGAAAUUGGCAGAGAAGGGCGGGUCGGCCCUUGUCAUAGUUCCAAGGAAGGACGAGGACAUGGCUGUCGAUGUAAUGGCUCCGAAGAAGGACACACGCGCUGCUGGUGUAGACGGGUGGAGCUUCAAGGCGCGGAACGCUCUGAUGUUCUCUCCUGACGCUGACGUCUCCCCGUACCAUCCACCUGCCGCAAGCACCGUGGAGGCUGCCAAGGGACCUCCGAAAGCCAUCAAGCAUACGAACACGAGGCUACCGGAGCAAGACGAUAAGCCAGACCAGUCCAUAUCGGCACCUCCGAGCCCAACUCGCAGCCGCAUCGAUGCCGCCAUUGCAGGCACACCAUAUUGCCCGAGGUCUCCCACGAAUGACACCCAUUCACUAGUAGCCUCCAUACCCUCUCCUACUCCCUCGGAGCUGGGGCCUGCCGCAGUAAAGCAGCUCAUGACGUGGGGGACGCUGAACGCGACUCCCCGCAUCCUGUCACAGUCCGAUGAUCCUGCCGACGUCCCUACCCCGGCAACACCCUUCCGCAUUGCCGAGCCGUCGUCGAGAGAGCGGCUCUCGCACAGGUUGUCGAAUGACGCGUCGAAAAGCUUGCGCGCGAAGGCCGGCCUGCUUGGAGGCCUCCCGGGCUCGUCGCGAUUGUCGGGGAGCGGCGCCGCCCGGAGAGGUUCCAUGCCUCCCCCGUCCUUUACCCCGCGCAAGUCGGAAGCACCUGGUUCGCUUACGCCCGCCGCGAGGCGUCUGCUGGACAGGUCGACCAUGGGUACCGCCGCUUCUAGACGGGCGGACGCGAUGGGACGUCUAUCUGGAUGGGAAGGAGAGAGGUCGAAGGAGAGGGACCUUCAGAAGAUGAGGUGGACGCCUACACCAAGUCCAGUGACCAGGCGAGGGUGA